CGUCUUGUCGAAAGUAUCAUGAUGAAGAGGGUACGGGGAGAAGAUAUUUCAUCCGCUGUUAUGAAUUAUUUAAAAAAGAGACAAUACACUGAUAGUGAAACGUCAUUCAAGAAAGAGAUCAAGUGUAGUCGUGCUGUCACCGAGAUGGCAAGUGAUGUUACCAUGGAUAUGGAAACCAGUGUAACAAAUACUGUCUCUUAUACAACCUGUGAUCCUGAACCAAUGUUGUUUGACAUACAAUUUUCAAGACUCAAGACGUUUAUUGAAGAAGGAGUUGAGGAGUUCAAGGUUGAACUGGUUGCUGUCUUGUAUCCAUUAUUUGUAAACCUGUAUAUCGAGAUGAUAUGUCAGGGACACAAAGCAGCAGGAAAUGAUUUUCUGUAUAAAUACCAAGAUGAAUUUACUGCAAAUGAAGAACAAAGAACAAUGAUGGAUAAUUUAUGCGGAGUUAUUCAGAAGGACGAUGUUCUUAGUAAAGUUGAUGUCAAACUUUUCCGUGAGAGUAAGUACCUGAUCCAGUUAUCCAAUACAACAUUAGAAUACCUAUUACGUUACCUACAAAGUAAUGAUAAUACAAUUUUAUUGAAAAUGUUUAAUAAUCACCUUCAUGUUGUAGUUCAAGGUCUUCACAAUGGAGAUCAUGACCCAAAUGAGAACGGUUUCAUAAAGACCAAUAUUUCCGUGGAAACUGAGGCAGCUAAAAAGAAGUCUAGCAGUUCAGUGAUGUUGAGGUCAUUGAAGGAUUGUAUUCAGAAGAUUCGUGAUGGUCCACCUUCACUGCCAUCGAUACUGUAUUAUAGCUUUAGCAACACAUAUCAAGGGUUGAAUACUGUGAGGGUAUCUCCGGAUCAGAGAUUGCUGUGUGGUGGAUUUGAAGACUCGGCCCUCAGAGUAUGGAGCCUAUCACCAACUAAAUUAAAAGCUGCCGAGCACACUGUGGAUAUAUCUAAGAUACACUCACUUGGAGACCAUAUUUGUGAUAAAUUCCAGGAAGAUAGGGUGGGAAUUGAAAGUAAAGCACUCCGAGGUCACAGCGGUCCAGUCUAUGCAGCUUGUUUUACAGUAGAUUCAUCUCAUUUAUUAUCCAGUUCAGAAGAUACUACAGUACGUUUGUGGGAUCUAGACACAUAUACUAAUAAAGUAGUGUACCAAGGUCACAACUACCCUAUAUGGGACAUGGAUACUGGUAGUGUGGGGCCAUAUUUUGCCACUGCUUCCCAAGACCACACUGCAAGACUAUGGACAUUGGAUAGAAACUAUCCAUUGAGGAUAUUUGCCGGUCACUUAAUGGAUGUAGAUUGUGUGAGGUUUCACCCAAACUGUAACUAUAUAGCAACAGGCUCCUCUGAUAGAACUGUCCGACUGUGGAGUGUACAAGAUGGGAAAUGUGUUAGGUUGUUUACCGGACAUAAGGGGACAGUGUUCAGCUUGGCGUUUUCACCAAAUGGAAAGUUCCUUGCAUCCUCGGGGGAAGACCGGAAAGUCAAACUCUGGGAUUUAGGAUCUGGAAAUAUGGUAAAAGAACUUUCCGGACAUCAAGAUAAUGUAUAUUCAUUGAACUUUAGUAACGACAGUACUAUGUUAGCAUCGGGUGGAUUGGAUAACACUAUCCGUGUGUGGGAUGUCAGGCAGUCAUUCAGUCCAAGUUCACACUCUGAUACUGGCGUGUCACUAGAAAUAUUAGGAUCUUUCCCAAUGAGGACUUCUUCAGUACAUUAUUUAGAGUUUGUGUCUUGUAAUCUAUUGCUAGCAGCUGGUGCUAUAAAUGUGACACAGUAGUGAAUAUAUCUGUAAUGGUCUUCUACUGCCCAGUGUGGAAUAUGAAACUGUAAUAUACAAGGGGUACCACAUGAUAUGGAUCUUGUUCAUUGUACUUCAUGUACAUUGCUAGGUAAACCCAGCCAGGUGUAACUUAUAGUUAGUUUCCUGCUGAAGGGGGAGUGUCGUCCCAUGAUAAUCCUCG